AUGGACGCCUGCCCGCACCUUGGCGGGCUUCUCGCAGGAAGCGUUGGCGUUUCAGUGCGAGCUACCUUUGCUGAUGGUCACUCGGCCACAUUGACCAAGGUGUCACAGUCGCCACCUGUCGUGCGCAUCGAGCCGCUGCUCACACCCGGCCAGAUCAACUCCAUUGGAGCGUGGUCGUCGGCGUUGCCAGCACACCGCAGCACCACGUUCGGUGAGAGGGACAGCAGCGCCAUGUCGCAAGCCUUGUUUGCCGCUGCCGCUCCCGCGACAAGGCCGUCAGACCUGCUUAGCCUUGCUGAGUUUCGACACUUGUUGAAACUGAUCGUCAGUCCUGCUAGUGAGCAGACGCCGUGGCUGCCGCCACGUUUAAUCCACGCGCUGAAUGACAGUGAAACGUCCAAGCACAUGGAAGGAGCUUUUCACCAAAUCCUUGGUGCGCAUGGUGUUCAACACAGUGACGGCUCUUGGCAACUGGACGCGGCUGGUUUUAGCGAGCUGGUGACGGCUAUUCAAGCGCAGCUUCUCGCACAAAUACCAAGUGCGAUGGUGCGGCAGAGCGAAUCAUUGUACCGACGCCAGGAGGUUCCACCGGUCGCGAUGGACGCGUCAAAGCGCAUUGCCGAACUCCUUAGGACAUCGCAGUCGCACGUUGCAUCAAGUGACUGGCAACUGGCGCGCUACGCAUCUGAGGGCGAUUUUUACGACGCACAUUACGACGCGGCUAGUAAUUUCACCGGUCGGUGGGCGACCAUGAUGGUGUACCUCAAUGACAUCCAACAUGGUGGUGAAACGUGGUUUCCUUCGCCGACAAACGGCACCUUGGGGGAGCAAAUGGCGGCCGCACAGGCGCUGCAGCUCAAACAUGGCGGCUGCCCGAUGGAUGACGGCACCCUGAUAUCGCCCAGAGCGGGGGUUGGACUGAUGAGGCCGCGGUCGCUGCCUUACAAGUUGCUUCGCCGAAUCCGGCGUAUCGCCGCAGACAAGACGAGCAUCGAGAGCAAUUGCGCCAGCAACAGCUCGACCAAAUUCUCCAACACCUCAGGGAACAGCGCGUGA